UGCUAUAUGCUAACUUGUUUGUUUACAUCUAGUUUCACAACCAUUCUGAGUUAUUUGUUUCCAAAUGGUCAAUUUUUAAUCAGAAUAAACAGUGAUAUAGAAACUGAUCUGUCCGUCAUGCUUGGUGGUGGAUUCAAAGCAGAGAGACUGCGGGUCAAUCUCAGACUUGUCAUCAAUCGCCUUAAACUCCUAGAGAAGAAGAAAACUGAACUAGCUCAAAAGUCACGGAAGGAGAUUGCAGACUACUUGUCAGCAGGUAAAGAUGAGCGAGCACGUAUCAGGGUGGAGCACAUCAUCAGAGAAGAUUAUUUGGUGGAGGCCAUGGAGAUCCUGGAGUUAUACUGUGAUCUGUUGCUGGCACGCUUCGGCCUUAUUCAGUCCAUGAAAGAACUUGACCCUGGUCUCCAGGAAGCAGUGUCCACACUCAUCUGGGCUGCACCACGAUUGCAGUCAGAAGUCUCAGAGCUCAAAAUUGUUUCAGACCAGCUGUGUGCCAAAUACAGCAAGGAGUACGGAAAGCUUUGUAGGACAAACCAGAUUGGAACAGUCAAUGAUAGACUAAUGCACAAACUAAGUGUGGAGGCCCCACCCAAGAUCCUGGUGGAGCGUUACCUUAUUGAAAUAGCCAAAAACUACAAUGUUCCAUAUGAACCUGAUGCUAUGGUCCGGCCAGAAGUGUGUCAAGGGGAGGAGGCCGACCUCAUCGAUGUGGAUAGUGACUUCAAAAAGUUUGGCGGUGGAGGCGGAGGUGGAGGUGGAGGAGGCUUUACUGCACCUGCUGCUGCUGUGGCGAUGCCUAUGCCUAUGCCUAUGCCUAUGUCCAUGCCAACACCCUCAGCCUUUAACUAUCCUGUACCCAAAGGAGCUGAGCCUUUCAAUAGUCCUAUUGGCACCUAUGACGGUGGCUUUAGCAACUUCCAGCCUCCGGUGAGAGGAGGGCAGCCCCCUCAGCUUCCCAGCUGCCCCCCAACCUACGAGUCUAUUGAUGACAUGGCAAUCAAUUCACCUGUUCCUUCCCAGGUUGUCCCAGGCCCUGAGCCUUCUGCUAAGAUCUACGAUAACAACAUGCUUCCAGAGCUGCCCUCCGUUCCUGAUACACUCCCCAACUCUUCUCUGGGUGGAAACAGCGCCACUACCGAUGACAUUGACUUUGAUGACCUGUCACGGCGCUUUGAAGAGCUGAAGAAGAAGACCUAAAUGCUAAGCUUGCCUGCCGUGUGUGCUGUUGGUGGAUUCAGGAGAAGGAACUGGUUAGAUAGCUAUCCAAAUCUUUCUUAUAACUACAGACAUCUGUGUUCAAUUUACCUCGUGCAAAGAAAACCCUGAUGUCUUUCUGGUGGAGGUUCAGUAUUUUAAUCUAAACAUUGCAGCAUAAAGGAUUUGAUGGAAUUUGUGCCCAGGUAGAUUUGGACAAAAUGACUCGGCCUUUUCAUUAAACUGUUACUAUAAUAGAAACAUGUACUCCCUUUUUUUAAGCACUUUGACUGUAUGGCCUUUCUAACAAAGACAUUGAUAUAGUCAUCUGUUAUGUAAUAUAGCUGAACAUUGAGGUUUCAAAGAUGAAAUUGCCAUUUAUUUGUUUAAGUGAGAGAAUUUGACCUGUCAAAAGCGAAUUACCCUAAGCGACCUAAUGCAUAUGAUUAAAUGAUUGUACACAUUACUGUAUAACUCAUAACCCUGUUUCAUUUCAACUUUAUUCAACCAUAUAGCAAAAUCCUGGUGAGGACUGCAUUAUGCACAAUCCCAGAGCAAAACCAAUAAGAGCUGCCAUUGUUUUCAUUGAAGUACAGCUGAAUUUUGACCAACCAUAGUUGUAGACCCACCCACAAUCCCAAACCACAACCUGCCUUUGAAAUAAGUGUGAGUACAGAAUGCCUACAUUUUAAUUGCAAGUGAAGUACUACCACUCAGAGAUGUUGUAACCAUAGUAAUAGAGCUUCAUAGUAGAUGCCCAGUUUUCUCAGCCACCACUGAGCCACUUUCCCAAAAUAAAACCCACCAGUUGUCUCAUUGUUGUAAUCACAGAAACAGCGCUGAUUUGUGCUCACGCACUUUGGCAACCCAGUGCACUAAUACAUUACCCACAAUCCCAAGGUUAAAUCCACUGACAGGAUGUACUUGUCCAUGAGUUAUGAGUUCAUGAUUCAUCCUGUUGUUUCCAAAAUUGUUUAAAAAUGAUAUAUUAGUGACUGGAACCAAAAAUUGGUGGAACUCUUAUGUGUAGUUCAUUUCAUAGUGACAUAAGUGGGUGAUUUUUAUUACAAAAUAACAGUGUGGUUGAAUUAAAUAGAAAGAGAUACUGCUGGUUCCGGUGUGCGUUUCAGUCGUCAGUUGUUGUUUUGAAUAUCUAAAGUACAGACCAGUUUAACCUGUUGCUGUAAUUACACAGUGUUAAGGUGGAGACUUACCCAGAUUCAUCAUUAGUCAGCAGGGCUUAUCUGAUGUCAUGUUUAAAUGUCUGUUGAAUGACGUAGCUACCAUUUAUAGAGGGCAGUCACACACAUAUUUUUGUGAUUAGUUGUCCACCCAAAGAAACCAAAUUUCCAAAAAAUAACACAUAUUUUAGCCUUAGCUUUAAAGAUAUCACGCUGUUGUAUUACAGAUUUCCUACAUUUCUUAAUCUGCCUUUACCCUGACAAAGCAUGCUUGAAAAUAAUUGUAGUUUUCUUAAAAAAUUCAGUACUGAACAGGCUAAGAUAAGCUUGCUAGUCAAAAAGCUCUUUUUGACCACAUUAGUGUAGUUAUUUUAUGCCACACUGAACUGCUUCUAUCUGUGAUUGUAACAGUCCUCUCAUUCAUGAUUUAAAUAAUUUAAAAGCAUAAAACAAUUCUUUCUGUUUGGGUUAGAAUGGCUGUGCUCUAAUUUUUAAUGAGUAUGUAAACAGUCAGCUGGCUCAUGCGCACUGAGGGUGGGUGAGGGUGAGACACAAAUCAGCACUUUUUGAGAUCUGUAGCUCAGUUUUCAAAUGAAAUCAAACUUCAACUUUUUUGGCAUUCCUAACCACCACAUUAAUUAAUGGGAGUUAGGCUCUUUUCCUAUUUGGUAUAGUUUACUAAAUGAGCAAAUAAAAAUUCUCUCUUAGUUUUAAAGCCUUAAUUAGUGUGUAAUUUGGGUGUAGAAUAAAGGGUGAGAAUGCAGAGAGAUUCAUUAAGACUGAUUUAGGUUCUGCCCACUAUCCAAGUCCCAUAUAAACACAUUUUAUACAAGUACUAAUGUCAAACAUGCAUUGACUUCACUUUAGUCCUUAUUAUUUUUAGUGUGGCAUUUUUCCUUAUACACACCUACAGCUAGAAGUAAAAUAACUAAAACUGAAAACUAAACUUACAAUGCAACACUAAAUACUAAACAUACUAAAAGUAAACAAUUUAUAUUAAAUGUUAAAAUGAAAAAAAAAUCUGAACUAUAUACUGACUCUCAGUGACAUCUCUGGUAGUUGUAUUAUUUCUGUAGUUAUGACAUCUUCUGUGGCUAUUUGUACAUUCAUAGUUUUGAGAUCAUAAAGUAUGUUUUUUUAAGACUUUAAGGCCAAAUUGCUCUUCCCCAGUUUAGAUAGGAUGAAAUUUGCUUAGUGGUGGAGCUACUAGCAUUUCAUACAUAAGUCAUUGGCUUAUGAUCCUGUGGCAUUUUUUACUAAAAUGUUUUUGAAAAAUAAUAAUGCUUUCAAUUUUCAAGUUUUCCAAAUACGGCAUUACAACAGCUUUUAUUUAAUUACAAAAUAACCCAACAUGAUUGUUGCCAUUCAAAGAGAAAAAGUGUGCAUUACAAAUAGUAUGGCAAGCUAUUAUUUCAUAUUCUUACACUCCUUUUGAUAUAUUUUUCAUUUCCUUGGCUGGCCGCCUUGUCUCUCUGGGACAUGACUACAUGGAUAAAAGUAUUAGGACACCCCUUUGAAUUUCAAUUUUUUAAUUCAUGCUCUUUAGAUUAAAUAGGCACAAAUUCCCAUAUACAUACUUUUGUUUUGUGAGAGACCUUCACAGAAGAGUGGCUGCUAUUGUUAUAGCUGAAAGAAUCACGUAGAGGUCACUCUAUUUUAGUACCAUUUGUUUUUUAAAUGGGAUGUCCAACAAGAGUCAGGUGUCCAAAUACUUUUGACCAUAUAGUGUGUGUGUAUUUUUGUUUAUGUUAUUGUUAUUUUCUCUGUGCUCUAAUAAUCAACUUCUGAAUAGUGUUUAUUGUCCUACUUUAUUUUUGAAUUUUUGUUUUCUAAAAUUGAAGCCUGUAACACUACUGUGCUGCCUUGUUUCUCCUUAAGAUCAGUUACAGGAGCAAUAUAGGGGAUUUAAGGAUGCUUUGAAUUAGUUUCAAUAUAUGGUGAAGACAUAUCUGAUGAUCACAUAAUAAAAUAUGUUUGCUCAUGAA